AUGGACAGAUCUUCACGGAGUCCUGAGGGGUCUGUAUGGUGGACAGAUCUUCACGGAGUCCUGAGGGAUCUGUAUGGUGGCCAUGUCCAUGUUGAGGAGUCUGAUGGUCUGAGGGCAGAAGCUCUUCCUGAGCCUCUCAAUGCCAUGCAGAGAGAGGAGCUCAGACCUGGAGAUGUGCUCAGCUCAGUGCACCUCUCUCUCUGCAGGGCUUCACUGUCCCGGGUUCAGCAGAUAUCAGUUACCACGCUGAGAUACACUGAGUCUAUGAGUGAGAAGAAGAGAAGUGGCCGAAGAGGAACAGCUGGAACAGCUGGAACAGCUGGAGCGUGCACUCAGGACUUCACACCUGACCAGAGACUGAAGUGUUUCAGGGACAUUAUGGACGUCGUUCUUCAUCUGAGCGAUGAGGAAUGGAAGGCUGUGACCAGGGACAUGAAGAAGAAGGUCACAAAGUUGGAGUUUGCGGCUCUGUGCACGAAGAUGGUGACGUCAGCGGCGUCUUCUGCUAUCAGGCGUUUACUGCCGCCUCUCAUCGAAAGCUUCGGGAUCCAAUCGGUUCUCCAGGCGGAAGACAGGAAGUGGUCUGACUCAGACGCCUCAGCUCAGGGAUCACCUAGAGAGGUGUGUGAUUUCAUCUGUCAGCUCGUUCAGAGACUCGUCACUGAAAUGAAAGCUACGAUGCUGGAGGCGAUCCGGAGAGUGGCAUCAGGACGUGUGUCUGACGAGGUGAAGAACACUCUCUCAGCUGAACGCAAACGCUCUCACGCUGUGGACGGUCAGGCGGCUGGAGGUAAGAUGUUUAUUGUGAAUGAAGUGCCACAGGCGGCUGAGCCGGACACCGCGGCCGUCGCAGGUAAGAUCUUGAUGAUCGUGCUGGACGUGAUGGAGGGCUGCAGCUCUGACAUAGACGACCCAAAGCAAAUCAGUGAUCUGCUGAUGGCUGCAGAUCAGAGGAUCCGGCUCAUCACCUCACGUCUCAGAGAGAGAAGCUCUGAGACCAAAGCUCCAGUGAGCAGUGAGGAGCUCCAGAUGAAGGCUUCCGGGGCUGUGAGACAGGUGCUCCUGAACACAGCUGGAGUCAGGAAGUCCUCUGGAAGCUCCAUGGAAUUGCACUGUGAGCUCCAAUCCACAAGUUCUCAUAUCGUGGAGACGAUUUUCACAGAUAUGGAGACUUUAUCAAAGUCCAGUGAGAGCCUUCACUCUGCAGAACGCACAUCUGACCAGCUUUCUGGGAUUUUCUCUGCCACUAAGCGCAUGUACCUCACCAUCAAUAAGAGGGUGAAGGAGUUUUUUAAUGUGGCCAGAAAACACAGUGAGAAGGAGGAAACGACAACUGAAGAACUGAUCUGCUCUCUGAGUGCUUCAUCAUCUGCAGAAGAUCAGAUCUCACAGCUAGAUGAUCUCACCAUCACCUGCACCAAUGAUAUAUGUAAUGAGAUCAUUACCCUGAAUCGCUCUGACGAAUUCGACAGACCUGGAGGAGAGAAAACCUCAGGGACGUUGUUAACGUCCCACCAGGAGGUCCAUGAAAUAAUGAAGAGCUUGGAAAAAGUUGUCGCUAUCAGCAGAUCCUCUUCCAAGUUAGCCCCUGAUUUGGUCCCUGUGACGACUAAAGUGAUGGCUCCUGAUUGUGCUUCAUCAGCUUCUAAUGCUGAGAGGCUUUUCAGUGAUCAGUUUCUGAGCAAAGCCACACAAAUGGUCAGUACAAUUCUUCUGAAAACAGAGGAGAAAAUCGCUGCCUCAGUAUCGUCCCAGACCUCCGUCCCUGUCCGCAGUGAGACGGAAAUUAAGUCCCUGAUGGAGGAGGUCGAGACCAAAGCCUCAGGAAUUAUGCAAACAUUUUUACGGCCAUUGCGUGAACUCUUGUCAAGUGCCAGACGCAAUGAUGCUGACCAGUCUGGACACGAGCGGAAGAACUUCCUCGCUGAUGCUCAGAAGAUCCACAAGAACAUCCACAAGCAGGUGUGUGGAUUCGUCUCUGAGCGGAUGCAAGCCAUUUCCGAGAAAGAGCUCGACGUCAGGUCGGAGAACGUCCAGUCAUCUGGCGCUGCUGAACAGAUGCUAGAUAAAACCACUCAGGUUGCGAGUGAUAUCCUGGAGAAGUGGUUAUCUUCACACAUUUCCACAGAUUUAUUCAGUGGGAAAGAUUCGAGUUCCAGCACAGCGUCGUCACAGACGGCGUCAGUAGAUCUGGCUCGAGUCAGUGCUGAAAUCCUAAACAGAGUGAUCAGUGAAAUAGCUGAUGAUAUGAAAAACAGACCGGAAGCUCAGGCGAGUGAUGCUGAUGCUCACUCAGUUCACAAAUCAAAGAACUUCUCAGACAUUUUGCCGAAGCUACAAAGGCUUUUUGGACUCAAAGAUAAAAAGACACGGUCAUGCUCGAGCCUGCAGGACGCAACAGUAACUGAUGCUCAGAGCCUCGUGUCCGUCAGCAAAGCUCCCAACCUGCAGGCUGAUAUUGACAGCUGCACUGAGGAGCUCAUGGAGAAGACCACAGUUUUAUUUGUGUGUGACGAGCUGCUGGCCAAGUCCAGCUCUUCGGAAUCCUUGCAGUCUUGCACUUCGGAUCAUCAGACCUGUGAGGUGAGCACUUCUGUCCCUCUGAGGUCUAACGAGUUCCUCAAUAAAGCCACUCAGGUGGUGAGUGAGAUGCUGCUCAGGAGGUUAUCAACAGCAAAUUCCUCGAGAUGCUCAUUAGAAGACGUGCAGAGUGCCAUCAGUACCGCAGAGUCACUCGUCUGCGUUUUAAACGACUUUAAUCAGUCCGUGAAAGAUGAGAUUAAGAGCUCUGAUGAGCUCGAUGCCUUUUCUUGCUUGUUGGACGUCAGAGAAGCAGAAUCUGCCAAAAAUCCACAGAACAUCUUGGGAAAAGUGCAAAGUCUCCUUCAGGCAUUCUUCUCAAAGGCAUCUAGAGCUCUGAGCUUUCCCUCACAUGAUGACAGGGUGGAGGAGCAGGUGGACCUGGACCUGUGCACCAGCAGGGUCAUUACCGAAGUCAUCGAUUUGUUAAGGAGUGAGCUGACAGCUCCACCUAGAGUGAAGAACGAUGACGCCUAUUUCCACUCCAAAUCCACCAGGCGUGUGAGUGACAUCAUCUUCCGAAUAGUGGAAUCCUGUCCUCUGCUGCCCUCACAAUUCCCAAAGGAACGCCACACGGAAGCACGUCUCAGGAAGGUGGUGUCCGCGUUAAAUCUGCAGGUCGUUUCUACAGCUUCUGAGAUUUCCCAAACUGUUAGCUCCACUGUGCUGCAGUUUAUAGACGCAGACAGGAAGUCGAGGUCUUCAGUCCAGAGGAGUUCAUUCGCUCCUCUGCACCUUUUCACUGUGGUGCGCAACCAGCUGAAGAAUUUCUUCACUUCCUUCUCUAAACGUGUUGCUGACGAUGAAAGGACAGACGCGUCAGCACAGUCAGAGAGGGAUGAGGAUCGUGUCACUCCCAUCUACAUCAGCGAGGAUGGCACGGUCCAUGAGCUCACAGAGCUGGAGGAUCUUUCUCCAGAGGAGAUGAUACAACAACAAGCACAUGAGUGCAUUUACACGUUUGCAGAGGAGUCCAUCAAGGCUUUACUGCAGAAUGUGCAAAACGCAAGACCAAGUGCAGGAACCAAAGCACAGGAAAGCAGCUUGGUGGACAAAUCAACAAGUUGUCCUUCUGCUACAGUGCUCGCAUGGGAAAUCGAGGACGCUGGGACUUCUUCUGUGUAUCGUAUUAACAGUUUGCAUCCUAAGUCUCCUCAGCUAUCAGCAGCUUCCUCCAGCUCGUCUUCUCGUGCUGACGUGGAGGAGAUUCAGGAACAUCUGAGCGUCACCGAUCAGCAGAGUCGAAGCGGAAGUGAUGGACGCUCCUCACAUCCAGCAGAUGAGGAUCAGGAGAAGAAGAGACUCGGAUGUCACGGGCGCGUGAUCAGACGUGGAGUUAAGAAGUCGAAGAAGAAGCGGAGCAGAGUUCCUCUGACAGGCGAUGAGCAGCCGACCCCUUCCACCUCCGCAAAUCUUCACAGCUCUUCACACAGAGAAUCAAAGGCCUCGGGGUCGGUCUUCAAGAACGCUCGCAGAAGACUGGCCAAGAUCUUCUCCAACAUCUCCAAGUCCUUCACCGGCUGCUUCAACUCUGAAACCGCUCCAUAAAUUCUUCAGCAUAAAAAUAAUCAAGCAAACAAAAAAACAAAAAAACUAAACUAACUGACAAACAAAACACCAAAACAAACAAACUCAAGCAAAAAAAAUAAACAAACAAAAAACAAAUAAAUGUAAACAUA